UGAAAUGAAAUGAAAUAGGGUUUAAUGGAUGAACUUUCUCGGCCAAUGCAGGGAUCGGACACCCGACCUCUAGGCUAGCGAGCUAGCGUCUUACCCACUUAGCCACGUGAUCCCCCUAAUAAUAGUAAAAAAUAACCCCAGUGGUUAAAGUCCUGACUAGACAGCCUACAUAUUCAAUGGUAUGAACAACAUGAAAACAUGUCAACACUUAAAGUAGAUAGUAUAGUCUUUGAGAAUUAUGAUGUCUCCAUGGAAACUGGCUUCUUGAUGGAAUCUCCAUUGGAAGAGCUUCCAGAAUAUUUUGAAGCAUGGAACCGUCUAUCCAAAGAAAUGUCAGAUUUGGUGGAGAAGAAGAUGAUGAAGGAAGAGGUACUAAAGAUGCCUUAUCUUGAUGCCUCAAAGCUAAAAAGCAGAAAAGAAAUACGUCUAGCAUAUUUACAGUUAUCUAUAAUAGGAGCAGGGUAUGUUUGGGAGGAUGGUGAUGCAGGAGCACCAGAAAGUAUACCAGAAUGUGUUGCUGUACCAUGGUAUGAGAUAUCAUCUAAAUUGGGUGUUCAACCUAUCCUAUCACAUCCAGGUUUCUGUUUAGUUAAUUACAAACAACUAGAUCCAGAUAGGCCAUUAUCACUGAGUAAUAUGAAGAGUCUAUAUAUUGUACCAGGAGGUGAUGAGUGUAAUUGGUUUGUUGUAGUAAAAUGUGCUAUAGAAUUAGAAUUCACUCACGCAUUACAGCCAAUAUUAAGUCUAUUAAAAGGAGGUGAAAGUGGUAAUAUUGAUAUGAUGAUAUCAGGGCUACAGAAGAUCUACAAAGUUGUUAAAAACUUGCAAAAUAUUUUAUCUAAAAUGCAUGAUAAUUUGAGUGCAGAUACAUUUUAUAAUAAAAUUAGACCUUUUCUUAGUGGGUGGGGUGGUGAAUCUAAUCCUUUACCUGGUGGGUUGAUUUAUGAAGGUGUUGAAGAUUAUAAACCUUUAAAGAUGAUUGGCGGUAGUGAGGCACAGAGUUCUGUUUUUCAAUUACUUGAUGUUACAUUAGGAAUAGAACACAGUCAAGAUAAAAAAGAUUUUUUAGAGGAGAUGAGGAAGUAUAUGUUACCCAUACAUCAUAAGUUGAUAAAAGAUAUUAAUAAUCUUCCAUUUAAUAUCCGUACUGUAGUUGAAGAGAGUAAUGAUGAUAAAUUAAGAAAAGAAUAUAAUUCAUGUUUAACAGCUGUGUCAGAUUUUAGAUCCUACCAUAUACAGAUAGUUACCAAAUAUAUUAUUAUAUCAGCUAAUAAAAAGAAUAGAAACAAAGAGAUUGAAAGUUUGGCCAAGAAAGGUACAGGUGGUACAAGCUUGCUUCCGUUUUUAAAAGAUCUCAGAAAAGAUACCCAAGAUGCUGUGCUUUAGAAACAGUGGCGUAGCUGUCUAUACAACCUAGCGGUCAUGGCCGUACCAAUAUUUUAAUUUUAUGUUAUGGCGGGCCAUACCAGUAUUGUCUACAUAACAUAAACAGAAGGAAAUUCAGUCAAGUCAUUUAAAUAAUUGAAUCGACCAAUUUUGAUGUGAUAGACUUUUAUAAUAAAUUACAUCAUAUGAGCUAUGUGAUUUAGCUCCUGUCUGUAUAAACUAAUCAAUUUUAU